AUGAAGACUGUUGGGGAGCUGCUUCUGAAAGCUCUGGAGGAUCUGGAUUCAAAAAAACUAAAGAAGUUUAAGUGGUUCUUAAAGAAGAAUGGCUCUAUUUCACCUUCUGUUCUGGAGAAAGCAGAUACCGCCACUGUCACAGUGGAUGUAAUGGUGGAGCAAUUUGAACCAGACGGAGCUGUGAAGAUCACACUGGAUAUCCAGAGGAAGAUGAACGAGAACCCCCUGGCUAAACUGCUGGAGAACUGGACUGUGACAACUGAGAAAAAUGAACUGAUAAAUCCAGAGAGAGAUGAGCCGCAUCUGAAUAGUGAGGCUCAUAAAGCACAGUUGUUUAAUAAUCACUGGCCAGAUCUCAUUCAGAGAGUUAAAAAUGUUAAGAUCAUUGCAGAUAAACUGCUUGUGCAGCAAAUAAUUCACGAGGUACAAUAUUCAGAAAUCAUGCAUGACCAUUUAACCAGUGCAGACAGCUUGAGAAAGAUCUGUGACAUUAUAUGUAAGCGCAGUGACACUGUGAAAGCCAAAUUCAUCUGAAUUCUUCAGGAAGUGGACCGAUACCUUCUAGAAGAUCUGUCUUGAUUUGACACCUUGAGCUCAAGGUACAUCCAAAAUUUCACAAAUAUACUCUACCAGCAAUUACUUAAAAAUAUGCAUUAAUUAUAACAUUACAAAGAAAUCUCUUAAGUGUUUUCCUAUGUCAAAGUAAUGGGGAAUUUUUUUUAGAAUAAUUUAAAGAAUAAUGAUUUGUAUUAUUAUAGUUGAUCUCUGUCUACUCAGAACUCAAGUCCAAUAAAAGUCUGAUUUUGUAAACUUUUUGUUGUUCAAGAAUCUCACAUUUAUUUCAUACUCAUC